UACAACAAAAGGAACAUCUGCAGCAUAACACUACAGGUUACUCGAAGGCAACAAUUGUGUACUGAGCAGUCCCAUGCCUCCUGGUUCUGUCUCCGUCCACUUCGGAGCAACUCAUGUACAAUGCACUCUUGUUUUCCCCCUUAGCCUGAUCUAAAUGCUUUAAAAAGAUGUCAGCUGUUUUGUAAGCGCUUCAAGUGUAACACAAAGGACUUUCAUCGGUUGAAACAUUCACACCCACAAACGAGCGCAUAUGUGGGAUGUGUGGUAAAAUUACUACAGCUUGGAAUAACGCGCAACGAGUGGAGUGAUUGUAAUCUCCUAGCAGCCUAGCAGCCCUCAUAGCAAUUCUCUUUGUUUACAAUCCAACCGGAAAUGACCUCAGACUCGGUUUAUGUGAGGCAGGUGCAGGAACACAGCUGCUGCCCCGUAACCAGACAAAAGAACAGCGGUACUCCCCGUUUCAUCUCCCCAGCCACACCAAGAGACGUGUGGCAUAGCUAUGCUUUGUAUACUGAAGUUUAAAGGUUGGCUCGUGCUAGAGAAAUUACUAUAGUGUCGUCCGUUGUACGAGAAUGGAUCGGGAUGUUGAACUGCAAUCAUCUCCAAUGUCAGUUGGUGACCCUGACCUGCACAAUGAUGACAGAUUCCUGUUUAAAUCGUCUGACCAUGGGAAGUCAGUUCUCGAAGGUCUUCAGCAGUUGCGUCAGAUGCGGCAACUGUUUGAUGUCACACUGGUCGCGGACAGCCAAGAGUUCCCAGCACACAGAGUCGUGUUGGCCUCAUGCAGUGACUACUUUAGGGCAAUGUUUACUGAUGGUCUUCGUGAGAGCACAGAGUCUCGGAUAAGUUUAAAUGGAUUGUCAGCUACCAGUACAGCUCAUCUGAUUGAUUUUGCUUAUAACUCUUCAAUAAAUAUUGAUUCAGACAAUGUUUAUGAUGUUUUGUCGGGAGCUACACACGUACAGAUCUUGCCCGUUAUCAGCGCUUGUGAGAACUACUUGAGGGAACAUCUGACGCUGGACAACUGUGUUCAUACUGCUCAAGUUGCAGAGCUGUUCUCUUUGCACCUUUUGGAGCAGCACGUUUUCAAUUUCAUAUGUAGGAACUGGGACAAUUUUUGUACAAAUGAAGACUUUUGCAGCCUGACGCCCCAGUUCCUAGUGAGCCUGUUGUCGUCUGGUUAUCCUGUGAACUGUAGCGAAAGUGAUGUUCUAAGAUCGGUGCUUGGAUGGUUUUCAUGUGACUCUAAAGAAAGGGCACAUCACAUGUCGAGUGUUCUCAAGUGCAUAAUGUUUCAGAAUCUCAGUGACCCAGAAUUUGAUGAUGUUGUGAAUUCCAAUCAAUGGUUUGAGCUGGUGGACAAAUGUCCAAAUGUGGUAUCCAGCAUGCCAACACUAGCAAAACUGGCCAAAUGGAAUGAGGAUUUUCAAUCAAAAGAUAGAAAAGACAAAAUCAUCAGUCUGACUGACUUUUCACCUCAGCGGAAUUCACCCAUAUCCAUAACGCGCAUAGAAGUGAGGCGCUCUUUAAGAAAAGCAGAGAAAAAAAAUCGGGUACCAGGUUUAGUGAACACAAGAGGCUUUCAUAGAACAAUUGUCAUUGCUGGAGGCUUUUGUCAAGACCUUGGCAUGACAAACAAUGUGCUUUAUAUAGACAGCCACACCAAAAAACUGAAACACUUAACCAAAAUACCCCACAUAGAUCAGAUCAACUUUGGUGUGGCUGUCUUUUGCAACCAGCUUUACGUUGUUGGGGGAUGUUUCAAUGACAAUAUGCAGGAGAUUUCAAUUCCAUUUGGUUUUCGUUACAAUCCACUUCUGGAUGAGUGGCGGAGCAUUGCUCCGAUGAAUCAAGAGCGGUGUAGAUUCCUUCUGUGUUCUGCUGAGGACAAAAUAUAUGCUAUCGGUGGAGAUCCUUUUGCAUCGACAGUAACCAGGGAUGAUGUUGCUCUCUGUGAGACUUAUAAUCCGCGAACCAAUGAGUGGAUACUUAUCAGCUCAUUGCCCGGUAACCGGUCUCAGCUUGCUGGCACCAGCUAUGGAAAUUCUGUUUUUGUCUCUGGGGGUAUCCAAGAAAGUGAAGAGCAGGUUCUUCAAGAUUUCUAUCGCUACGACCCAAUCUUAGACACUUGGGAGAAGAAGGCGGACAUGCUGGUGCCAAGGGCGGAUCACUCAAUGUUCUUGUGGGAGGGGCAGGUUCAUGUCAUGGGGGGGUGGUACCUGGAUGCCGGGACGAACAGAAGAGUUAUGGCGACAACCAUUGACUGUUACGACUCUGAUUCCGAUUCGUGGGGGGUGGUAGGGACUCUAAACCAUGUCCGAACUUACGCUACCUACACCUUGGAUGGUGAUUGUGUGCGUGCGAUUGGUGGCUGGUACAGAGGAAACUAUGCUGCAAAGUGCCGGACAGUGGAUACGUUUAACCUCCGUGACAGAACGUGGAGCCAAGGGCAGGAGCAACAUGUUGCCUUGUGGGAGCACGGCUCUUGUGCCUUGCAUCUGCCAAAGUUUGUCCCUUCACUCAGCUGAUAAAGGUUUUACUCAGCUAUCUGUUUUUGUACCUUUCCUUUUUACCUGUUCACAACAGUUACUUUUACAUUCACACUUUCCCCAUUAUCAACAGCAAGUAUAAUUUCAGACUCUCACACUGAAAACAUUUUCAUAAGGGCUUGACCACUAAAAUUAGGUAGUUUGGGUAUGUCAAAUGAGGGAAGGCUCAUUGAUAAGCACACAGUGUUAGUGUGCCAAAAUGUACCAAACCAGCUGGUAAGAUUUAGUCACUUUUAAUCUGGCAGCUGAGGCUUAAAAUGCACUUGACAGAGACUCAAAAUCUACAAAAAAGUGCCCUUCAAUAGGAUUCCCAGCAGUUUUGUCCUGCUCAAGUUGUUAAAUCAUUUGUAAGUUCAUAUCAUUUAGCCUAGUUGCUAUGGCAGCUUUUCAUUCUUAAAUUGGCUGAUUUAUCGCUCUGAUCUAUUUUUUUAGACUUUGUUUCUGAUAUAUGUAUCCCACUUCUUUUUUUCACUUUUUAUAAAAAGAUAUUAUUAGAUACCGGUAGGUAAUUUUUUUGGUAAAUAAAAAGAUUUUACUAGAUAGGUUAUUUUCAGUGUAUAUCAGGGAGUGGAGGGUGGGUAUAGCUUUUAUGAGGAAGUCGCCCCAGGUGUUAUUUAUGUGGAAUAUACGUAGUUAGGUGUUGAAGUGGAGAAUACAUUUAUACAGCUGCAUAGUGACUUGUCAAGGAUGGUGUUGUCAUCUUCACCGCACAAAAGCCAAGGUUUUGAUAGAGAGGCCAUAUAUAUAUAUAUAUAUAUAUAUAUAUAUACACAUGUUACCCUUGCUGUAUGACUCUCCUCUCAGCUCACUGUGCUGAUCCCCAAAGGCAUGCAAGACCUAAUGUCUGGAACACACCUAGGUGAAGAAGCUGCCAAAAUAAUAGAUUCUUCUCUUUCCAUCUGCUGAUCUGACUUUAGUGCUGAAUCAGUAGUCACGGGUGUCAUGUCCCCAGUCAUGGUACAAGAGUGAUUCAGUGCAGCAUUUCAUUCACCACUACCACUCUCAGACAAGAUAUGCAACUUUUUGAAGGCUCCAUCCACCCGAAGCAGACGACACGAGUUUGCAGCCCAGCAAUUGGCUUUGAUUGAUUCAGGUUGUACCAAUUGCAGUUCUUAGGUAGCUGAGGCUUUUCUGCCAACCAUAAUUGCUGCUCAGCACUCAAGUGACACAGUUGAUCCACAAUCUGAAAUUCUGAGUCUGCUUGUAGAAAAGCUGUCUUGUUACUCAUUAUUGUUGCAUCUGUUUAUUUAUUUUCUUGGAGUUCAGGAAGUUGACUACUUUUGAUGCAUUUACAUACAUAAUAUUUUAAGACUAAUGUUUACUCAUUUCAUUGACUGAAUGAAUUGUGCCAUUGUUUGUGCAGUCCGACUAACAAGUUUGUAUUUUGCUGUUAAAGUUGUGCAUGUUCCUAAGUUGAAAAAUUUGAACUGUUUUGACUUGUAUUCCACUAAAUGAGCUUGUUUUCUAUACAUGUUCAGCCAGUUGUAUGGUAUUGGUUCUUUACCUAUUUGGUUGAUCCUGUUGGUAAUUGAAGUUAAAGUGGAGGUCCACCCUGAUAAAUUGAUAGCUGCGUUCAUUUGAUAGGGGCAUAUUCUUUUAUUAUAUGUUACCAGACGACACAGGACAGAUUCUUUCCCUCACCAUCAUAAAUGUGCAUCAUCACUGUGCUCCUGUCUCAGUUUAUCAGAUAAAUUAUUGUGGAUUUUAUUGUACUUGGUGCUCAGUACUUUAGUACUUUGAAUGUAUAUUGAUAUUUCAUAUUCUUGUGAGAUUAUGAAUGAUAUAUAGGUGAUAGACGGGUUGAGCUUAAGACUUGGACUUCAGUGAAUGUCCACUGGGUGAUUUACUUUUAGAUAUAUACAGGGUGGUCCAAAAAAAGCAACUUUACAACUUUUUUUCUGAAUAUCUGGCACAAAAAUUGUUCUAGAAUGUGGUAAUUUUGGACAGACAUUAUUCAUUUAAAAGGAAUUUGUUUGACUUAUAAUCCACGGAAAAGACUCAUAUUUUGAAAACAAAAAUAUAGCUUAAAGAAAAAAGCACCCAUAACACAAAGUGCACCAAUUUUUUAUAGUAACUUGUACUUGUAAAAAGUCUUUUAACGAUUGGUUGGCUUUUUUCUCUAUUUUCUCUUUGACAUUUAAUAUUCCAUCCCUGUAACAUUUAAACAAUAUUUCAUUUUUUUACAGAGUUAAAAAACUAGCAUGUUUAUUCUGGAAUUCCUAGAAGUAGUAGAAGCAAUGCUCAACAUGCCCUCCUUUGGACUCAACACAUUUUUAACGCUUCGUUCGAAGUGUUCGAAGGCGGCCAAACACAAGGACCCACUAAACUAUCAUGGGUGUUCGAAGCCAUAAACACUGUAAAUAUUCAGUAUGGAGUUGCCUCUAGAGACAAUAGGGGGUGGGGUACCCUAUAGACAGCAUUUUUGGAGUUAACAUCCUGAAAGGUGAAAAUGGGCUUUGUGCUGUACCAAAUGUCAUUUAGUAAAUGUUCACGCUUUUCAAGACAAUUGAGAAACCACAAGCACAUUGCCAUGCUCUGAUCCAUGUAACCUUAGCCUUGCGAACGGGAAAAUGGUAUGGUCGUAGGUUAAGAUGUGCCUCGAGAAUGUAGACUGUACAGGUGUAGGAAAGUUCCUAGCUGCAGACAUUGUCUUCGGACAGGUGUUUCUUGGGAUGACUACUGAAAUCUUCAUCCUGAUGACUUUUUAAGGGCUGUGAAUGGUGGGUGUUUGACCUGAAGUGAUCAUUUUGUUUGGGAAUUUUUUGUUCUUAUUCGCUAUAGACACAAAGGGAUGGAACUUCUCUAUCCAAUACACCAAAGAAGGUCUUGAGGGCGCUUUAGAAUUCUUUCCAUACCAUAUGCGGAGCGUACAAAAUGUCUGGGAAAUGAGUUGGUGGAGAGCUAAUGUUGAAUAUGUGACUAGGAUCUCAGCAGGCAACGGAAAUUUGAAAAAAAAAAAAA